UGAAAAUGAUGAAGGCUCCAAAUGGAUCUUGGAUUUUGAACGGAUGUGCAGAGGCGUGAACGAAAGCAACCAUUUUCGACUUCGCUGUGUGCGAAUGUUGAUGAAAGCGGGAACCGAGGCGGACUUGUUCAUGCGUGUCGACAAAUCGAAGACUUACGAUGAGUUUAAAGAAAACUUCCUGAAAACUUUUGGUCGCAGUAAUUCAACUGCUGAUGUGUUACUGCUCUUGAAGGAAACCACUGUCAAUCCAGGGAAGAACUUCGUAAUGGGAUACAUUCUUCUGAUGGAAGAAAUUGCUAUGCGUGCCGACAUCGAAGAAAAAUUAACGAUUCAGUUUAUCAUUGAUGGUUUUCGCGAUCGUUCUACCAGUAUCGCCUUAUUGUAUUCAGCGACGACCAUUGGAAAACUUAAGGAGCUGGCCCGUCAAUACGAGGCUUUAAGGAAGAGUACCCAGACGAAUUUCAAGCGCUCUGAGAUGAGUGCAUCAGGACCUGACCAGAACCAGGUGCGCUGCUAUAAUUGUUCAGCGCAUGGACAUUACGCUUCAUCGUGUCCCGCACCUCUGCGGGAGAAGGGAUCGUGCUUCCAGUGUGGGUCCAUGCAGCACAAGGUGAAGGAUUGCCAACAGAAGCCUGUGCCAACUCAACGAUCCGUGAAUACAGCCAGCAACCAGCCGAUGAUGGACGACGGAGAGCAGCACAAUAUGUUUGUUCCUAUUAUGAAUCAGCGCUAUUAAUUUGAUGCAGCGUGCGGCGAUGCCUUAUGUAAAUUUUGAUGAUGUACUAAGACCAACUGAAUAUUGUGGAGUAAAUGGUUCAAGAAUAAGCACUUUUGGAAAAAUAAUUGUUAAAGUAAAUUUUCAUAACAUAGAGAAAGAACUCAUAUUUUACGUUGUACCCAAUAAUUAUGUAUCUAGUAAUGUCCUUCUGGGGCGUAGUUUCCUUGAACAUUAUGGAAUAAAAUUGAUUUUUGAA